AUGUUUCAUGUACGCGUCCGAAGAAUUCGGGGGAGGCCACGCGCGAGUCGAGGUGCAGCAGGCGCGCGAGGUACAACCUCCUCCGGGCAGCUUUCCGUGCCGCCUCCACUUCUUGUUGAGUUGGGUCUCGGCAGCGGGGCCGAGACUUGCGAAAACAUCGCAGGGCUGGAAACAGAAAAAGCUGGGACCGAAGAAGCCAAUCCUCCGGAUAUCCUGGGAAGUCGAUCGCUGCUGCACCACCGGGGCCUGCGACGGCGCUGCCCCCACGGCACUCUCUGUGCUGACGCCUGCCGGCGCCCGUGCCAGGACGUGAUGGCCGAGAGGACGCGGCGCUCGAAGAUCCCCGGUGCCUUGUUGUACCACCGCGGCACCUGCCUCGCCUCCUGCGACAUGAUCAGGCCACAGGGAGAGCACGUCGCCACCUCGGUUGGCUUCCACUCGUUCGAGAGGUCGCCCACAGGCCGCCUGGACGACCAGCUGCACCCCAACUUCUACCCGGGCCAGGACCCGGAGGUCUUCACCGACAGGCGCGGGCCCGGCUCCUGCCCCAAGGGCCCAGAGGCAUUCGCCGAGGUCGCGCAGGCGAGCCACCCGACGCGCGGAACAGGCUGGAAGCAGCGGCUCCACCCGUGGAAUCGAAGAUUGUGCGAGGCCGCGGCGAACGGCCCAGGAGCCGCAGGCCGCGGCGAGCUGGUGUGCUGGGCGCUGUGUGCCGGCGGCGCGGCGGACGCCAGGCAGAGCUGGAUGGCCGUGUCUGCAGACGCCAAGAAGGCGGGGACCGAGGCGCUGCGGGGCGGGGGUGCCGACGUCACAGACGACGACGUCGCCGAGCUCGUCCUGAAGGUGAGGUCGACGCUGAACGCAGGGCGAGCCCCCCGUUCCAAGCGGGACGAGGCACGGCGCCUGGAGGCGGCGCUGGACCCGGUGGCCGUCCGCCUGGCGUCGGGGAGCCCCGAGGUGCCAGGCUCCGAGAUGGCCGAGGCCCUCUGGGGGUUCACAGAGGCCGCCACUUUCGCCACGCAGACGGAGGGUCGGAUCAGACGAGUGGCGGCCGACGCCGAUGGCUGGGAGACGAUCGCGGAUCGGAUCUGGGCCCGAGCGGUGGGCGCCGACGGGAACACGCUGCCCGUCGACUGGGUGCUGCACCUUGGCAUAGGUCUCUUCCUGUCGAGCCUGGCGGUGGUGCUGGGGGCCGACUCAGUGCGACACCGCCUGGCAGGCGGGGCUGUGGGGCUGGUCGGGACCUUCCAGCUGGUACGGCGGGUGCCCAAGCGGGCCGCGGAGGUACCUGCGGGCCCGCUGCACCCGCCGGGGCUUGCAGCACUGCCGCCUCCGCCGUGGGCCCCACCCGCCGAGGGCGCAGGCGCGGGUGCCGCUGCGGCGAAGCCUGGCGCGCAGGACCUGUCGGCGCUGCGGGCGUUUGCCCAGGGCUUCCACGUUCCCCACGCUCCUGCAGAUGCGGUGAAGCUAGGACGGGAGGUGGAGAUAGUGGGCGCCACGCUGCGCGAGUUCCAGGCGCAGGCGGCCAUCAACGAGGACUGGGCCUGGCACUUCUGGGAGAGGAUCGCGGCCGUGGAUGGCUCCCGGGGGCUGCACCCUGACCUCCGACGAGUGCUGCAGACUCACGGCUACGUGGGAGCGGGGACGAAGACCCCGCCAGGAGAGUCGUUGCAGCAGGAGCUGGACGCGCUGCUCGCCUCCCCUACGGCGCCGCACGGCGGGGGCAUGCGCGCCUCCCCUGGGUGGGCCGUGGCCCCGCAGACCCAGCAGCAUCAGGAGGACAGUCGAUGGAACCUGAGCCUCCCGCCGGAGCUGCGGCGCGCGGCGCCGGAGAUCUACCGCACCAUGCGGGGCGCGGGGGCGGCCAGCGCGCGGGACUGGCUGUCGCAGGAGGUGACGGGCCAGCGACGCACGGCGGUCUGGACCGACCUGUGGACUGCCGCCACCAACGUUGACUACUUGCUGGGCGGAUGCGCGACCCAGUCCGAGCUGCUCGCCCGUCUGGCGUCCGACGAUGCGCUGGAGCUGCACCUGAGGCGGCUGGCGAGCUACGUCUACGAGAUGCGGACGAAGGACAAGGUUGGGGGGGCGGCCAUGUUGGCUGUCCGCCCGCCCGGGUCAGCCGCCGACUUGGCUCCGACAUGGCUGGUGACCGAGGCCACGACCCACAGCCAGGCGGAGCACCAGCGCGACGAGAGGGCAGCGGCCGUGGCGGGGGCCAAGGAGCUCAUGAACGGGAUGGACCGCGGAUCCCUGGAGGCGAGACCAACGGGCCAGCGCGAGACGAGCGACAACGAGAUGAGGCUGGCCUGGCAGCUCGUGCAGCAGUAUGCGUUACAGGACGCAGCGCGGUACGAGCGCGACUGCCGGGGGCUUGCCCCGACAGGCGGUCAAGGGACGGAUCUUGCCUGCGACAGAGGACCGCAGGACGCCUACACCGGAGAGCGCAAGGGUGUGAGCAAGCACGUGAUGAUGUGCGCAGCGGCGGGCGGGGGGCUGGAGGCUGGCAGCCGCGGGGAUGCCGAGCCUGAGGACGCUCAGCAGCACCGCUACGACGACGACUGGCUAGGGCAGCAGUCCAGCUGCCGGGCUGCGCUGCCUAGCCCGAGGGGCUACAGCGUGGCGGAGUGGCUGGAGACAGUGAGGCGGGCGAAGAGGGAUGAUGAGCGUGUGAUGGUGGUGAUGCAUCUCUUCGCUGGCCGUCGGCGGCGUGGCGACGUGCAGGAGGUGGUAGAGAGGCUGGCGAAGGAGCGGUGCUUGAGGGUGCUCUUCCUUUCCGCCGAUCUCCUGGACGACCCGCGGUGGGACCUGGCCAACCCCUCCACGUUCUCCGCCUUGAUGGAGCUGUGCGAGGGCGGCUGGGUGGACAUCGUACUGGGCGGUCCGCCCUGUUCAACCUGGUCGCGGGCACGCUACAAUCGUCACCGACCUGGGCCGCCGCCGGUGCGCUCGCGGCGGUGCCCCUGGGGGCUGUCAGGCCUCAGGGACUGGGAGGCCGCCAGAGUCGCGGAGAGUAACACCUUGACGCUUAACUUGCUGGCGCUCUGCGAGGCGUGCGGCCAGAGUGGCGGCGCCUUCCUCAUCGAGCACCCGGAGGACCCAGGGCGUGCGCCCUACCCAUCCAUCUGGAACACGACUGAGAUGCUGGAUUUCGAGACGAGGCGCUCGUCGCGGAGAGCGCGCUUGGACCAAUGCAUGUUGGGCGGACGGACGAAGAAGCCCACGUGCCUGAGCGGCACGCUGCAGGGGCUGGAGGACCUGAACGAGCUGCGGCGUGACGGGCCCCAUGCCCACGAGACGGCCGAGGGCAAGCUGGCCGACGGCACCUUCCGCACGAGCCCGCUGGCCCAGUACCCCGAGGGGAUGUGCGAAAAGCUGGGCACCUUGAUUGUUCAGACCCUGGCCAUCUUCGAGCAGACCGGCUUGGGCGGCACCGGGUGGCGAAGGCCGCCGGGAGCCGACAGGUCGGUCACCGCCUGGAGCUCGCGGAGCACUACGACGCCAGCGGUAGCCGUGCGGAACGAGGAUGUGCUUCGCGGUCGGGGGCUGGUGCUGGACGGGCCGCAGAUGGCCUUCUACCUGCACGUCGACGACGGGGUGGCGAUGGCCGGUGGCAGCGGCUGUGGCCCACGGGCCUCUGGGAAGAUGCACCAGCUGGCGGAUGCCCUGGCCGAGGCCGGCUUCGUGGUCACCGACCGCACGGAGGCCAGCGACAUGCAGAAGGUGCUGGGCUGCGCACCACAGGCGCGCCCGGCGCAGCUACGCUUGCCCCCGAAGAGGGCACGAGAGCUGGUGCAGCAGCUGGAGGCGAUGGGCGCCACCCGCUCCCUCCACACCGAGGAGCUUCGGUCGCUCUUGGGGGUGUGGAUCUGGGGCGCACUACUUCGGAGGGAGCUGCUCUGCAUGCCCAGCGCCGUCUUCAGGCUCCUGGAGAGGCACCCGCGCCAGAGGGUGUGCACCUGGGCGACCGUCCGCAGGGAGCUGCGGGCUAUGGCUCGAGUAGUCCCGCUGAUGUACGCCGACCUGGGAGCUCCGCCAGCCCCCGCGUAUUUCGCGGCGGACGCCAUGGGCGCCAACGUGGAGGACGACGGCGGUUGGGGCAUCCUGGUGACAGACAUGUGCGAGGACAUCGCGAAGGACUUCAUCGACACGGGCGGCAGCUUGGGCUACACCGUGGCGCGACUGGACGGCGAGCUUACUGGAUUGCGGCGUCCCGAGCAGGUCAUCCGUCGGACGAAGCCCUUCAGCCUCCUCCCCGAUCGAGUGUUCAAGCCCGACGAGGACUGGACGAUCGUAGGAGCGGGGAGGUGGCGGGCGGCCGACCACAUCACGCUGGGCGAGGGGCGCUGCGUCGUGAAGAUCAGCAGGCUGGCGGCCGCCACUCCUGCCCUGCACCGCACCGUGCUGCCGAUCCUGGAGGACAACCAGCCAGUCUCGGGUGCGGUAUGCAAGGGGAGGUCCCCGGCGCACAUGUUGAACCACCUGUUGCGUCAGAAGACCGCAGCAGGGAUGGCAUCUCGUACGAAGAUUCUGAUUACAUGGGUGGAGGCGCUCAGGCAGCCUGCUGAUAAGAUAUCGAGGAAGCUGGACAGCACUUCUGUUGAGAAGGUAAAGCCGCACACCCUGGCAGCCUACAGGGCGGCGGCUAUGAAGUUCGUGACCUACCUGGACGAGCGCGGUUUUGUCCCCGACGGGCCCGAGCAGUGGGACGACCUGCUUGUCGAAUACAAGAACGACAUGCAGAUGACCAAGUGCAAUUUCGAGUACGCUGUCGCGGCAGUGGAGUUUGUCUUCCCACGCCUGAGGAGGAAGCUGACUUGGUCCCACUCGGUGAUUGACGCAUGGCGAGUGUCGGCCGAGGUGAAGCGCGCGCCGCCGCUCGGCCGCGCGCCGGCUAACCUGGCCGCUAUCUAUUUCUCCUGCUGGGGCGUGCCGCGGCUGGGCGUAGGCUUGCUACUGCAGGUGGACCGCGGCCUGCGCCCGUCGGAGAUGCUUCAGCUCAGAGCAAAAGACAUAUCCUUGCCAUCGUCGAGAGGGGGACCUGAUCUGCAGCCAAAUUGGGUUAUCAACUUGGGAGCCAAGUCGGCGACAAAGGCCAAAAGGAUGCAGUUCGCCAUUAUUCUGGAGCAGGGCGGAGUACUGGAGAACCUCUUGCACCGAGUAGUCUUGGGAACGCCGCCCGAGGGGCUCCUGUUUCCUUACUCGCUUGUCGACUACAGGCAUCGGCUCAAGCAGUUUGAAGCAGCCCCGGGCCUCGACAUUCACUGGACGCCACACUCGGCGCGCGCAGGUUUCGCCAGCGAUUCCGUGGCUCGUGGUGUCCCCUUCCAGGACAUCAAGGAGGCAGGGCGGUGGCUCACCGAGUCCAGCCUCCGCAUCUACGUGGACGUCGUCACCGCCUCCCGGGUCCUGGCGCAGGCUGAGCAGCGAGGAAUCGCACCGCUCAUCCGCGAGGCGGCCGAGAAGCUGCCCCACUACUUCCCGGAGGGCAUCUUCGGCGAGGGGGAGGGCCUCCAGCAUGCCGCCAGCGGGUUGGCGCAAGGGCCAGCGCCGCGGGCCCCAGCCCAGCCGCCUGCGCCAGCACUGGGCGCACUGGUGGAUGGGCUGCUGGCGGGUCCGCAGCAGCCGGGGGAUGCAGCGGCGGGCGCGGGCGCGGCCGAGGCCGAGGCGCCAGCGCCGGCGGCCCCAGGCGUGGCGGCGCUGAGGCCCCCGCAGCCGCUGGUGGCGCAGCCGCUGGCAGCGGGCGCGGCCGCGGGGCAAAGGCGCGCGCGCUGGAGCAGCGGGUCGCUGUUGCGCGCGGCCUGGCUCAUCGCAAGGUGGUGCGGACGCUCGACUACUCGAGGAGUGACGUGGGCGGCGGUCGCCGCGAUGCUGAUCGGGUGGAGCUACAUGGCCGGGCCGCUCGCCCACCUCGGGACCAUGAUGGGUGUCGUGGCCAGCGGCGUGUCCGACUUCGCCGUGACGUCGUCCCGCAGCUCGGCGAGCCUCCUGCAGGAAGCCUGGCGCGGGGUCGACAUUACCAACCUGCACGUCCGCCAGCGCCACGCCGAGCGGCUAGCGGACGACCCCGAGAUCCUGCAAGCCUGGAUCGAGCGAGAGUUCCUGACAGACGAGCCUCGCCCGCCAGGAGCCGAGCAGGUCACCACCGCGAUCUCUGAAGCUUCGGUGAACAUACCUCACAUGUCAGAGAGAUGGCAGAUGAUGAUCUGGCCAAGUCAAUACCGCGAGCUGCACAUGACACUUGACCUGCUGCCGUCCGGGUUCUACGGAGUCCACCUGGUCGAGCGGAUCGUAAACUUCAAGGUUCAGUGGAGCAACCCAGUCUGGAGCAGCCUCGACUGCGACAUCAGCUCAGAGAGAGAUACA